GCGACACAUUUGACAUCUGCUUCUCCCAUGUUACCUCAACGGACCACGAUGAUGAUUUGGCUGCUGCUAUCUCUGUCCUUUUGGGUGGCAUCUAAUCAAGCUGACUCUGCACAGUCUGAACGGCGAGUUGUAGCACACAUGUCUGGUGACAUCAUCAUUGGAGCGUUGUUCUCUGUCCAUCAUCAGCCUCCUGCUGACAAGGUACACGAGCGCAAGUGUGGCGCAGUGCGAGAGCAGUAUGGCAUCCAGAGGGUGGAGGCCAUGAUGCACACACUGGACCGCAUCAACACCGACCCGCACAUCCUUCCCAACAUCUCCCUUGGCUGUGAGAUCCGGGACUCCUGUUGGCACUCUGCUGUGGCUCUGGAGCAGAGCAUUGAGUUCAUACGGGACUCGCUUGUCUCCUCCGAUGAGGCCGAGGAGUGGGGUGGAGGAGGAGCCUGGGGUGGGGGAGGAGGUGGAGGAGCGACGAUGAAGUGUGCGGACCCCUCUGCCACUCCAAUGCGGGGGAAAAAACCCAUUGUGGGUUUAAUUGGACCGGGGUCGAGCUCAGUUGCCAUCCAAGUCCAGAACCUUCUACAGCUGUUCAACAUACCACAGAUUGCCUACUCUGCCACCAGUAUGGACCUCAGCGAUAAGAGCCUUUAUAAGUACUUUAUGCGGGUGGUGCCUUCAGAUGCCCAGCAGGCAAGAGCUAUGGUGGACAUUGUCAAGAGAUACAACUGGAGCUACGUGUCUGCGAUACACACUGAAGGCAACUAUGGUGAAAGUGGGAUGGAAGCGUUCAAGGAUAUGGCAGCCAAGGAGGGCAUCUGUAUCGCCCACUCUGGCAAAAUCUGGAGCAAUGCCGGAGAGCAGAGCUUUGAUCGACUGCUGGAGAGACUGAGGGGCCACCUGCCUAAGGCCAGGGUGGUGGCAUGUUUCUGUGAAGGCAUGACUGUCCGCAACAUCCUCAUGGCCAUGAGACGCCAGGGACUGGUGGGAGAGUUUCUACUCAUCGGCAGCGACGGUUGGGCGGACCGGUACGAUGUAACAGAUGGCUAUGUGAGGGAAGCAGCGGGUGGUAUUACCAUCAAGCUCCAGUCGGCUGAUGUAAAAUGGUUUGAUGAGUACUACCUUAAACUUCGUCCUGAAAACAACCUCAGGAAUCCCUGGUUUCCGGAGUUCUGGCAGCAUCGCUUCCACUGUCGACUUAAAGGUCACCCGCAGGAGAGCAGCAAAUACAACCGCACCUGUAGCAAGCGAGAGUCACUUCGGCAGCAGUAUGCACAGGACACUAAGAUGGGAUUUGUCAUCAAUGCCAUCUACUCAAUGGCAUAUGGUCUGCAUAACAUGCAACGGGCGCUCUGCCCAGGCUAUCAGGGCCUGUGUGAUGCCAUGCGACCUAUAGAUGGUGCUACACUGCUGGACUUCUUGAUGAAAACCAACUUCACAGGCGUGUCAGGAGAGGGCAUCUUAUUUGAUGCAAAUGGAGACUCACCUGGCAGGUAUGAAAUAAUGAACUUUAAAAAGAUGGGGAAUGACUACUAUGACUACAUAAAUGUCGGCAGUUGGGACAACAGAGGCUUGAAGAUAGAUGACGAUGAAAUCUGGCCCAACAAAGACACCAUGAUCAAGUCAGUCUGCAGUGAACCCUGUGACAAGGGACAGAUUAAGGUGAUUCGCAAGGGUGAAGUGAGCUGCUGCUGGACGUGCACUCCCUGUAAAGAAAAUGAGUUUGUGUUUGACGAGUACACCUGCCGAGCCUGUGAACUGGGCUCCUGGCCUACAGAUGACCUCACAGGCUGUGACCCAAUCCCAGUGGAGUAUCUGCGGUGGGGAGAUCCUGAACCCAUUGCUGCUGUGGUCUUUGCCUGCCUUGGUCUAAUGUUCACCUUCUUUGUCACUGCAGUCUUCAUCAGGUUCCGGGACACCCCAGUAGUGAAAUCCUCCAGUAGGGAGCUGUGCUACAUUAUACUGGCUGGGAUCUGCCUCGGAUACCUGUGUACCUUCAGCCUCAUAGCCAAACCCCAUGUCAUCCACUGCUACCUCCAACGACUGGGAAUAGGCUUGUCACCUGCCAUGAGCUACUCUGCACUUGUCACCAAGACAAACCGCAUUGCUCGGAUCCUGGCAGGCAGCAAGAAGAAGAUCUGUACAAAGAAACCUCGCUUCAUGUCUGCCUGUGCUCAGCUCAUCAUUGCCUUCCUCCUCAUACUGCUGCAGCUGGGCAUCAUCGUGGCUCUCUUCCUCAUGGAGCCACCUGAGGUGAUUCAUGACUACCCCAGUAUCCGCCAGGUCAACCUCAUUUGCAACACCACUAACCUGGGUGUGGUCGCUCCGCUGGGAUACAAUGGCCUGCUCAUCCUCAGCUGCACCUUCUAUGCCUUCAAGACCCGUAACGUCCCAGCUAAUUUCAAUGAGGCGAAGUACAUUGCCUUUACCAUGUACACCACCUGUAUCAUCUGGCUGGCCUUUGUACCCAUCUACUUUGGCUCCAACUACAAGAUUAUCACCAUGUGCUUCAGUGUCAGCCUCAGUGCCACUGUGGCACUGUGCUGCAUGUUCGUACCCAAGGUGUACAUCAUUCUAGCCAAACCAGAGCGUAACGUGCGCAGUGCCUUUACCACUAGCACAGUGGUGCGCAUGCACGUGGGCGACGGCAAAUCGUCCUCAGCCGCCAGCCGUUCUUCUAGUCUGGUCAACCUAUGGAAACGCAGAGGCUCCACUGGAGAGACACUCAGCUCCAACGGUAAAUCAGUGUCCUGGGCGCAGACGGAGCGCAGCGGUUCACGCGGCAACCACCUGUGGCAACGGCUGUCCUUCCACAUCAAGAAGAAGGAGAACAAUCAGACUGCCGUCAUCAAGCCCUUCUCCAAAACUUCAGAGGAGCGUUACUGUGGAGGGGGAGAUCUGCCACCGCAUGUCCCUCUGCCCUCUCUCCCCUCCAUGUCCUCCCUGUCCAUUCAUCCUGAUUCUGGCACGGAUAAGACCCUGUAUGAGCUCUCUGAAGCAGAGGAGCACUACUCAAUGACAUACCGGCCGCAGACGCCCUCACCAAUCAGCACGGUCAGCCAGAGGCUCGGGGCAGGAUUAUCGGAGGAGCCUCCGAUGACUGGUAUCCCAAACUACCCGAGCAGCAUUUGCAGCGGUGGCAGUGGUGGCAGUGGUGGCAGCGUUGGCGGCAGUAGUUGUGGUCAUGCCAGCAGCAGCUCUGUGGUUGCGGGGAGUGACAGUCGCUUGGUUGCAUGCAGUGAUGGUCGUUUGAUCAUGGGGACCGACGGUCUUUUGGUUGCUGUGGACAACCGCCCAGGACAGAGUUCACUGAUGGAUCAGAUCAGCUGUGUGGUAAACCGCUUCACCGCCAACAUCACCGAGCUCAACAGCAUGAUGUUGUCAUCCUCUCCGACACACUCACACACGCACAAACACACACCUCCUUCUCCUCACCCCGCCGACCCAUACCUGCUGCCACGUGAAAUCCAGAUGCCCCCGACCCUCACCACCUACGCUGACGUCCAGCCCCUCCCACCUGUCGAGUCCAGCCUGGGGGGCCGGAGUGGCUGCCUCGCUCACCCUAUUCCGCAUUCACCUUACCCCCUGCCACCUCCUCACACCCAGACCUCCCCCUCUGUCUCCCCCAUGCGAGGAGGCCUGAUCACCUGCCUCAACAACUCCCCUCUGAGGCGGGGGGAGUUGGAAGAGGAGCUUAUUGCUUUGACUCCGCCGUCGCCUUUCCGCGAUUCCCUGGCAUCGAGUAGCGGCUCACCUGUCUCAGAGACAGGUCUAUGUCUCCCCCCGGUCCCCUCCCACCCUCCCCCAUCCCCCCCUACACCCAGGUACAGCAGACUGACACUCAGAAACUACAGUCAGAGUUCAUCCUCACUGUGA